UCAAUUUAAAAAGCAAAUAUCCAGCUGGCGUCUGAAUUGACAAUAAAAUUAUAUACAAACCUAAAUUAAAAGUGAAAUAACAUCGCAAUGGAUAAAAGAAAAGGGACGACUGAUAAAAAAACGGACAGCAAGACGGAUAGAGGCGAUACGAGAAAAGCAAACGAAAAGACAACGAAAAAAUUCGUCGACGAAAAUGUACAAGUAAAUAUAAGAGAGACGAGAGACAGAGGCGAUUCAGAAAGGAAGCCGACCAAUCACAAAGCAGAAAAAAUUAAACUAAACCUUGUCGUCAAAAAAUCAACCAAUGACGAAUCGAAAUUGAAAAACGCGUGCGACAACGUUGUUCAAAGGGAACAGAGUAAAAGAAUUUAUGAUAACGGCGAAAGUGAGGUUGAAUUGAGGAAACGUAUUCGCGAUAAAUACACUCUGAAGUUAAAAAGCUUAAAUAAAAGUGAACAUUCGAAUGGGAAUUUGAAUAAAAAUGAUGGGAAAACCCUUGAUGUUAAUACGGAUGCCAGUAAAAAUGCCGAACGUUCAAAGAAACAAUUAACCGAAGAAACGACUCAAACGAAAGACAAAAACCGUUCUCCAACACCAUCAGGAAGAACAGAUAACAGAGACAAGAAACAAGAGAAAAAUUCUCCGCAGAAAGCCACAAAACGGAAACCAAUGAUCAAGACCAUCAUGUCCAAAAACGGAUCAGUGAGAAUAUAUAAAGCGGUAACAUUUGUCGAUCAGAAACGCUCACCGCCAACACCUUUAGAAAUAAACAUCCCAUGCGACGUCAAAAAGCACAAAGUAUCAAAAUUCACCGACACAAGCUCUUUGAAAUUAAAAACGAAACCGACUGUCAGUCGAGUGAGUGUUAAGCCGGCUGUUGUACGAAAGAAAUUGGAAAGAAGGCGGGAUAGAAAAUUCAAGCAUGUCCCAUCGCCAGAUUUGUCUACUGGCGACAUGCGGUCCCCGCCGACAGAGGUCGCUAGAUGGGCCCCAGCAUGCAUAGACAGACACACGAAACCGUAUUACGAGGCUUGGGUCAAUACAACAUUAGCAGCCAUAUCCAAAUGUUCCAAAAAAGACAAAUUGUUCUUUGAGAAACAAAGGGAUACUAUUCUGCAGAGUUUUCAACGCGCUAUCCUUGAAGAUAGACCACAGACUCCGGAAUUGUUUUACGAGAACUUUGCAGAUGAAAAAUAUACGGGGAGGAUUAAGAUACGGCAGAGAUAAAAUUGUGUUAUACUGUGAUUUGUCAAGAAAAAGUGAAAGGCGUUGUUUUAUAAGGGGCUGACAUCUUUAGGUAAUAUAAUUGUUGGGGACACGCCUCUUUGCCUAGCCCGCAAUAAUAUUACUUGAAGAUACGGUGCAAGCUCUCAGGUUUUUGAAUCAUUUAAAUUUAGUUCCGUUUCGAUUUUGUGAAUUUCAUACGGUUUUUUUUUGGUUGGAAGUGAAAUUUUAUAAGUGGCGUGAAUUAUCAUUCAUAAUUAGUCACAACUGAUAAGUUUACACACAGUUUCAAUAUGUCAAAAAUUGGUUUUAAUCUUUGUUUAAUCAUGUCAAGUAUUAGUAUUUGACGUUUUAUGAAACUAGAAAAUCAUAUAGUUUGGUGACCAUUAAAAAUUGAAUUCUUUUUAGUUAUUUCAUAAAAGAAAAUAGCUAUCUUUGGAUAUAAAAAUUGGUCACUAAACAUUUUAUAAUUCACGCCAUCUUAACUAAUGACUGCUAUUCAUGAUAAUUAUUGCCUUAAUUCUCCCAUACAUUAUUUUUAACCCAAUUUCACGGAUCCAUUUAUAGCGACGUUUAAAUAUAACGCGCAUACGUGGUUGAAUUGCUUACGAAUUACAAGAUAGCUUCAUACAAGUAAGGAACCUGCAGUGGGACAGUUACAGGCUGGUGUUAUUAACAGCUUCGGUAAUGGCGCCCAUCGUGGGGCAUCUCACAAGCGUGGUGAUCAAUGCUCGUUCUCUGUAUGAGGCACUCAUAUUUUUGCAUGUGUGCUCGUUUCGUGGCGGCGUCGUGUAUUUCUUCAGUUCCAAGUGCUUAGUUUGAGUAUUGUAAAGUCCUGUCAUGUAAUUUUGGUGAUAAAAUAAAACUAGUUUAUGCUGA